GAAAGAGAUCGCUCCAAACAAGUUCUCUUGCCUCAGUUCUCUUCUUUAUUUUCCACAAGCCAGGUUUUAGCCCUUGACUUCCUACCCUCCACCUGCACUCUGAGUCCCCAACUCCUUCUGGUCACCUAUCUCCAAACUCUGGACUCAGCUCAAAUUCUGCAGGGGACUGGGAACAGGUCUUCCCACCCUGCCCUAUGCCACCCAGGGAGCCGCUCCUCGGAGAAGCCAGAUGGGAAAUGAGAACCCAGGGUCCCCCUGAGGGGGCUGGAUUGGACCCCCAAGCCCUCCUUCCAAGCCCCAGCCCACUCCAGGGGACACCUAUCUGGACAGUGCCCAUAAGAAGAGCAGAGGAAGGAAGAGCUCACCCCAGCUGGGCUCCUGAGCCAGGGCCAGGGCUCCCGUGAAGCCACUACCCGCUCCAGCUCCGAGCAGGGCCAUCCUGCAUGCCUAAUCGGCUAUUUAAGGAGCUGUUCGCCAGCAACCCGGCAGCACCCCCCCACCACGUACACCCGUCCAGAGCCACCUUAAAAGCGGGAGGCAAUUGUGAAGUCGCUGGCCAGCAAGUGGAGUGAAGACUGUAGAGGUAGAUUUAAAAAAGAGAGGCGGCGAGAGAUUUGUCCUGGGGACCCAAAACCCUACGGUACCCUACUGAAAACCAAAUCCCCUGGAAGCCCACAGAGACCCAGAGAACGCAAGCAAAAAAGAGAUAAAUACAUCCAGCUCAGCUCCAAGAAACUCCUCUCUCUCUCUGUCCCUCCCCACUUCCUUCUCUCUCCCUCCCUUCCUCCCUCUCCCUUUCUCUCUCUCUCUCUCUCUCUCUCUCUCUCUCUCUCUGUUUCUACCUCUCUCUCCCUCUCCCCCCCACCUUUCUCUGCCAACCCUAGCCCUCUAGUCCCCAAACUCCCAGUACCUGCUUCUUCUGGGGAUACCAUGUUGUUCUUCACUCUCCUGCUGGAGGUGAUUUGGAUCCUGGCUGCAGAUGGGGGUCAGCACUGGACAUAUGAGGGCCCACAUGGUCAAGACCAUUGGCCAGCCUCUUACCCUGAGUGUGGAAGCAAUGCCCAGUCCCCCAUCAAUAUCCAGACAGACAGUGUGACUUUUGACCCUGAGCUGCCCACUCUGCAGCCCCAUGGAUAUGACCAGCCUGGCACUGAGCCCUUGGACCUGCACAAUAAUGGCCACACAGUGCAACUCUCUCUACCCCCUACCAUGUAUCUGGAGGGAUUUCCCCGAAAAUAUGUAGCUGCCCAGCUCCACCUGCACUGGGGUGAGACAGGAUCCCUGGGGGGAUCAGAGCACCAGAUCAACAGUGAAGCCACAGCUGCAGAGCUCCACAUUGUACAUUAUGAUUCAGAUUCCUAUGGCAGCUUGAGUGAGGCCGCUCCAAUGCCUCAGGGCCUGGCUGUCUUGGGCAUUCUCAUUGAGGCUAGUCAGCAACCCACUGUGACCAUUUGUUCUGUAUGUGAACGUCUUACUCCAAAUGUGGACCUAUUCCAAACUCUCCCUUUCCAGGUGGGUGAGACUAAGAAUCCAGCUUAUGAACACAUUCUGAGUCACUUGCAUGAAAUUAGGAAUAAAGAUCAGAAGACCUCAGUGCCUCCCUUCAACGUGGGAGAGCUGCUCCCCCAGCGGCUGGACCAGUACUUCCGCUACAACGGCUCACUCACCACCCCACCCUGCUACCAGAGUGUGCUCUGGACAGUAUUCAACCGAAAGGCUCAGAUUUCCAUGGGACAGCUGGAAGAGCUUCAGGAGACAUUGUUCUCCACAGAAGAGGAGCCCUCGAGGCCCCUGGUACGGAACUACCGAGCCCCCCAGCCUCUCAAUCAGCGGACAGUCUUUACUUCUUUCAUCCAAGUGGGAUCCGUGUAUACCACAGGCGAAAUGCUGAGUCUAGGAGUGGGAAUCUUGGUCUGCUGUCUCUGCCUUCUGCUGGCUGUUUAUUUCAUCGCUAGAAAGAUUCGGAAGAAGAGGCUAGGAAACCGGAAAAGCGUGGUCUUCACCUCAGCACGAGCCACAGAGGCAUAGACUCCUUCUCGGACAUCAUGGAUGCCUUCCCCUCAUGCCAAUCAGGGAGCUUCUAAAAUGAGGGGCAGGGACUGGCCAGAAAAUACUGUAGAAGUAGUGGGCAGACACCCCUCCUUCCUCCAGACAGCCCCUCCCGAGAGGCAUGGACAGGCUCUCAUUCAAGGAGUAACAGCAGAGCCCACGGCCUCUCAAAUCAUAUAGAUCAGGACCAUCCCCACAUUGACAACGCAGAGGGCAAAUUGUGUUUAUUAGCAGGGGAAGUUGGGGAUGUGCCCCAAAGUCCUCUAUCCCCUUGCCUUUAUGUCCCUUUCCCUACAUGUCGUGCAGAUUCUCCCCUUAGGAAAAAGAGUUGCUGCUGUUGGGGUUAUAUUUUUUUGCUCAAUAUAUCUGGAAAUUAAAGUUUCUAACCCCACCCCUGGCCUUACCUUUGGGGCUCUUGAGAGGAGUUCCUUAAUCCCUCAGGUGGCAGAGGUGUGCAAAGGACAGGGGAAAAGAAGCAGGGGUGAAAAACUCUUUUUACCCCAGUCCUGCGAAGGGAGGUCCACUUCUGGAAAAUGCUUAACCCAAAGUUUCUGACAUAUGAGACCAUCAGCCCAGGUUUUUACCCUUGUACCAAAGCCAUGCUGGAGGGGAUCAGAGGUUGCCAGGGUGGGAAAGACGUUGGGUAAGAGAUGUGGGAGGGCAGAAAUCUCAAUUAACAUGUUAUCCCCUCCCUUAAAAGCCAAGUUCCCCCACAAUUAUAAAUUCCUUAUUUUAUUAGUCAAAAUCACAAUCACCUUGAUUAAAAGGAUGGGAUGUGCCAUCCUCAGCAGAAAAUGAUACAGUUCAUAGAAAACCUCCCCACCCCCCCCUCCACACCCCAAUUAAAAACUAGAAAAAAAUCUGCCCUCCUUCCCUGUGAUGUCAUGGUAGUCUGACUUCUCCAGGGGCAUUGCCGCUCCGGAGUGGGCCAGCUCACCGCAGCACCCUCCACUUCACCUUGGGGAGGGGAGGGAUGCUGGUGGUCUAGGAGGUGAAAACAUUAGUUCCAGUAAUACCAGUUCCCCAAACAUGCACUUCCUUCCUUUCCCCCAAGGCCCGUGACCAAAGGGAAAGGUGGAUAGAUAAGCCCAGCCAUGAAGAGUAAUUUGAGGAGAGAAAAUAUAGUCCAAAGAGGUUAGAAGAAUUCCAACUCACCUCCUCCCUCCCCACUCAAAAAACAAAACAAAACAAAACAAAACAAAACAAAA